AUGGCAGAUCUUAACUUGAAAUUCGUUCGCCGAAAUAAUCCUUUCAUUCAAAACUUACUCAUUUCAGCAUGUUUGUUCUGCAACCCCGGCUUGUAUCUGGCAGUUACCCUCCUCGGAGCAGGUGGUGGACGCCCAUCUUCCGUCUCAAUGGCUGACACCAGUAACGGUGUUCUCUAUGGCGUCUUCUUCUUCAGCGCCAUCGGAGCGGGACCUAUACUCAACCUGUUCGGUCCUCGUGCCUCCGUCGCAUUCGCCGUCACUGGUUAUCCCGUCUACAUCGGAGCCAUGUGGUACUUUGACGCAUUUGGACAUCUUUGGUAUCCGAUUUUCGCUGGAGCAUACCUUGGUUUGUGUGCCGGGUGCCUGUGGACGACGGCUGCCUGGAUGGCUAACACACUGGCCGAGGAGAAAGAGAAAGGAACAUGGAGGGCCAUACAAUGGACGGCUAAUGUUUCGGGAGCUGCAGUGGGAGCGUGCAUUGCAUUAGGUAUCAACUGGAAUGCGACAUCUGCCGGGGUCCCUCGCUCAGUCUACAUCACCUUCAUUGUUAUCCAAGCCUCGUCCAUUAUAUUUGCAUUGCUUAUGCUACCCCCGGAGAAGCUGAUUCGUGCGGACGGCACAGCAAUUGCCAUAUUUAAGAAGAUGUCACUGAAGGACGCUAUGCUCGAAACAAAGGCAGCUUGCACAGAUUGGCGAGUUCUCCUCCUCAUUCCAACAAUGUUUGCACCGGAGGUUUUCUUUCCAUUACAAGCGUCGAUCAAUGCCUACGCAUUCAAUCUCCGCACCAGGACUCUCAAUAGUCUAUUGAACAAUCUGAUUCAAAUUCCGGUCACCAUCGGCAUGGGUCUCGUUCUAGAUCGCGAAAAGCUCGGGACACGAAAAGUACGUGCCUUUAUUGGCAUUACUAUCGACGCCGUCUGGAUUACCGGCGCUUAUAUUGCACAGACCAUUUGGUUGAGCAGCUGGAAAUUUGACAGAUCUGUGCCGGGACCUUCGAUCGAUGUCCGAGAUAAAGCAUAUGCUGGAGCCGUGGUGAUCUACAUGUUGUACGCUGCACAGUACGGAAUCUUCCAGAAUCUUGUCAUCUACGUUCUCGGUGGCUUGACAAACGAACCAAGGAGGUCUGCAGCCAUGAGCGGCCUGUUUGUCGGAGGUAAAACACCCCAGGAACCGUUGCAAGACCAGAAGCUGACCCUGUUCGCCUAUCAGUGA